CCGAGUGUAACUUAUGGGAUUUCCAGCGUGUCUUUUGGAGUGUAUGGAUCAAUUUGACGCUAUGCUGCACUGCAUCUUUGACACGAUGUACGCGUGAGCGUUUGAUACACCAUGAAGCGCUGUGAGAGCAGCGUGGCCGUAACCGUCCAGCCGAGUCCGUCUUUGGACAGCACCGAGCUGGAGUUCGCCCAGGCUGCUCGACGGGGACAUCGCCUGGCCAUAGGGGCUUUCUACGGCUCGCGUCGCUCAAAGGUUCAGACUCAGACUAGUCCCGAGGAGAGCGCGGAGGGCACCGUGGCAGCGGGCGAGAAGCCAGCGAGGACGAAUGGGGCAUGUGGAGGGAAGUUUUUGGUUUUUUACUUGGACUUGUCUUUUGUCUUCUUGUUAGAGCUGGAGAAGCUGAGGAUGGCGCGCGGGUGCCUGUGCUGUGUCAAAUACAUGAUGUUCCUCUUCAACCUGCUCUUCUGGUUGUCAGGCUGUGGUCUGCUGGGAGUAGGAAUCUGGCUCUCCAUGUCUCAGGGGAGCUUUGCCACAUUCUCCCCCUCCUUUCCCUCGCUCUCGGCAGCAAACUUGGUCAUCAUCCUGGGCUCCAUCGUCAUGGUGACGGGCUUCCUGGGCUGCAUGGGCGCCAUCAAAGAGAACAAGUGCCUGUUGCUGAGUUUCUUUAUUGUCCUUUUGAUAAUUCUGCUGGCAGAGUUGAUUCUGCUCAUCCUGUUCUUUGUGUAUACUGACAAGGUGAGUGAGAACGCACAACAGGACCUGAAGGAGGGUCUGCAACUGUACAACACCGACAACAACAUCGGUCUGCGCAACGCGUGGAACAUCAUCCAGUCUGAGUGGCAGUGCUGUGGUGUAACUGGCCACACAGAUUGGCACGAUGCCCUGCCUGACAAGACGGUUCCAGACCGGUGUUGUCAGGAGCAUUAUAAAGAGUGUGGGCGCAAUUCCAGUAACGUCUUCUGGUCUCAGGGCUGCUACGAGAAGGCUGUGGACUGGCUGGAUGAUAACAAACACCUGCUCGGCACUAUCGCCAUGUGUGUGCUGGUCAUACAGCUCCUCGGCAUGGCGUUCUCCAUGACCCUGUACCAGCAGAUUCACAGAGCGGGGAAGAAGUACAGUGCCUAAAGGGAACGGACUUACACGUCAUUAACGAAAACACUACAAGAAGCCCUCAAAAUGUUUAGAGUCCAGUUUGCUUCCUGCAUCUGUACAUUUCUGGACACUACCAAGAAUGUUAGAUUACGUGAUAAUACAUUGAACACAGUACGAUUUAUAAUGUAUAUUUGAAAACAUGUUUCCCGAACAUGUUAUUGGCAUAACUCAUAUCUGGGAGGAAGCAGCUGCAAAUGAAAUAUUUUAAAAAAGAAAUUUUGGCUCCUUGAAGUCAAAGAAGAUGGGAUUUAUUGCUCAAUGCUACAGACUGCCUAUUUGUAUAAUAAUGUACCUUCUCUUUUUUUUCCCAUACACAUACUGUACAUCAUUUCUCAUAUACUGAAUAUAAAAGCAUGUAACACAGAUCUCUGUCGAGGAGCUAACUGUAUAGUUGCACACAUUGUUCACUUGCCCUGUCUAUCCUAUAAAUAGAUGAAUAUAAUCCUGUUUAUCA